ACAGGAAGUUGCGUUCGUGGAGGUCAAGUAAAAAAAAAAAAAAACCUCUGAAGCCAAGUAAAAUCGUUGCGAUGGUGAAGAAAAAGCGCCUGAGACUCAUUGCUGAAAUGGCCCGAAAAAUACGGGCCUAUCGAGAGCUGAAAAACCGGCCGCGGGACUCGCAGCGCUACGCGCUGGACUAUGACAGCAUGACACGUCCGUUCAGUGGUAAGAAGCUGCCUGUCCUGGCUUGGCAGGACGUGCGAAGAGAGACGACACUUUUCACGCUGCUGGCUGGCAUGCGCAUGUUUGGCGUGGGACGGCUAUUCACGCGCAAGUCGUGGCUGGACGAAAACACAGAGCCCUGCUAUUGGAAGAUAACUAAAGUAAAAGUAGAUUACACAGCAGAGAAUAUGGACCAUGGGAAGGCAUGGGGCAUUUUAACAUUUAAAGGUAAAGAGGAGGGCACAGAGCAGGAGAUAGAGAAGGUCAUGUACCAUGACUGGCGACUGGUGCCAAAGCAUGAGGAAGAAGCUUUUAAGUGUUUCGAGCCUGUGCCCGAGACCCCCAUCCAGCAUGUGCGCUACCCACCACUCUUGCGUGCUAUGAUUCUAGCAGAGCAGGCUAAGCAGCUAGGUGUGGAAGCAAGCAGCCUGCCUGAACCCAGCCUCCCUCUGAAACGCGACGUGCUGCUCAGUAAAGAGUACUUCCGCCUCCAGGAGGAGCGGGAAAAACAGGAGGGAACCCCAGUCUAAUGUUGGGCUCACAUGGCAAAGGUCAAACUUCCUUUGAUGGUGAAGAUCGUGCAUCAGUAAAGAUGAUGAUGACCCCCACCCUUUUACCUAGUAUGGGACUUAUUUGGUAUCUGAUGUAGAAAGGGCUUUCACAUCCAAAUGCUAACAUUAUUAAUUGCAAGAAUUGGUGAAAUCAAGACAGCUCAAAAUAUGGCCCUUUUUGUUUAAAGAUCAGCUCUGUUGAAUCUAUUUCUUUAGUGCAUUGGAAUCACCCUGAGGACAUUUUAGGCCUGAGCCUUUUUCUUUUUCCGUCUUAUCUGUGUGUAUUGUCCUCGUGAGCCAUGAUGACAUUUGUAUAAUUAUUUAUAAAUAAAAAUGAGCUACCAAAUAA